AUGCUCUUCUCCGCCCUCUUCACCCUCGCUCUCGCUCUUCCUGCCUUCUCUGCUCCUGUAGAGAAGGCUGUUGCCCUCGAGAAGAGGAGAACCACCUACAGUGGCCAAGCUACCUUCUAUGACGUCGGCCUCGGUGCUUGUGGUGGCACCAACGUCGCUACCGACUACAUCGUCGCUUUGAACACUGCCCAGUACGGCUCCGGUUACCCCGGUCCCCACUGUGGCAAGGCCAUUACCAUUUCAUACGGCGGUAAGCAGGUCGGUGCCACCAUCGAAGAUGAAUGCCCCACAUGUGCCUAUGGCGCUUUGGACAUGAGUACCUCUUUGUUCUUGAACUUUGCCACGGAGAAUGAUGGUGUCUUCCAGAUGACUUGGUGGUAUGACGACGACGACUCUAGCGAGGAAACCACCACUUCUUCCAAGAAGACCUCGACCUAUGUUGCCCCUACCUCGACUUACACCCCUCCUACCUCUACCUACACCCCUCCAACGUCCACCUACACCCCUCCCACUUCUACCUACACUCCUCCCACUUCCACAUACACUCCUCCCACUUCCACCUACACUCCCCCUACCUCGACUUCCAGUUACACUCCCCCCACUUCCACAUAUGUGGCCCCCUCUUCAUCCUCCUCCCAGUCGCCUUCGAGCUCUAUCGAACCCUCUACCUCUCCCAGCGCCGUUCCCAGCACCAUCUCUUCCAGCGCUGCCGCCUCUUCAUCCUCGGCCUCAUCUGCUGCCUCGUCCAUCAUCUCCACCUCCUCCUUCCCCGACGUUGUCGUCGUUCAGACCAACGCUACCGUCGCCUCCUCCACGGGCGUCAACUCCACUCGAUCUGGUUCCGCCUCUGCCUCUGCUACCGCCUCUGCCGCUCCUCUUGAAUCUUCAGUGAGCGAACUGGCUGCGUUCGGCAACUUGGUCACCCUCAAUCAGGCUGUGGUCAACCUCGGCCGCAUCUUGGUCGUCGGCGCCCAAGAGUAA